GUUAUUAGGGAUUUGUUUUACAUAAUCAUAAAAACGUAUUUAUAUUUUUUGUGUAUUAAUUGUGUUUUUAUUAAAAUCUGUAUUAAUAUUAGUCUUAAAAACUAUUUUGUGUUUGAAUUAAAUCACGAAACAAGUGAUGAAUCAAACGAAUAGCAAGUAUUUCUACGAGAAGAUAAUGGGAACCGAUUCGCAGCCGAGGUUUAAGACUCUUCACGAGUGCGACAAUAGCGCCGACAAUCAUAACGACGAGAACACCGGCGAUGCAGACAAUGGUCUGGUGCUAUAUCUCGAGGAAUCGGAUGACAUGACAGUCAACGAGUGCUGCCUUUGGUUUCGUCAAAGAUAUUUCACUCGUGAGAAACUCCGGCGACGCCUACCGUUCGUCCAUUGGCUGCCGAACUACUCAUUAGCCGACCUGAAGGGCGAUAUCAUCGCCGGCCUAUCGGUCGCCUUCACUAUUGUACCCCAAGGGCUAGCCCUGGCCGUGUUGGCCGGCCUACCGGCCCAGUACGGCCUCUACACCUCAUUCAUGGGCUGUUUUAUAUACGCACUGCUCGGCAGCUGCAAAGACGUGGCCGUCGGCCCCACCUCUAUCAUGGCUAUCAUAGUGGCCCCGUAUGUGAUGGCCGGUGGCGUCCAGUACUCGAUACUACUGGCCUUUAUGGCCGGUUGCAUACAGUUCCUGUUCGGCGUACUCAACCUCGGCUUCAUUGUCGACUUCAUCUCAUUCCCAGUGAUAUCCAGCUUCUCAUCGGCGGCCGCCAUCACGAUAGCCGCCUCUCAGCUGAAGCUACUGUUCGGCCAACACUACACGGCCUCCCGUUUCCCGGACACUAUGAUUAAGUUCGCGGCCAACCUCUGGGAGAUCAACAUCUGGGACACCACUAUGGGAAUGGCGAGCCUACUGUUCCUCAUACCCAUCCAAUUGGCCAAAGACUACCGCUUCAAACCGGACGCCGACGCCGGCGCCAAACGGCACACCCUUUACGCCGUACUGAACGGCGUGUGGGCUAUGACUGUGACCGCCCGGAACGCGCUGGUAGUCAUUAUCGGCGCCUUCAUCGCCGGCUACUACUACGAGUCGGAAACGGUAGGCCCGGACGGCACCAGUGGACAGCUAUUCACGAUGACCGGCGAGAUUCGCACCGGACUACCGCCCUUCCAGUGGCCCUCAUUCUCGGUGCACAACACCAACACCACUACCGUGCCAUUCACGCAGGUAUUCUCGGACUUGGGCACCGGCGUGUUUGUCGUGGCCCUACUGGGGCUCAUGGAGUCGGUAGCCGUGGCCAAGGCGUUCGAGACGAAGCGCAUGGACGCCACUCAGGAGAUGAUAGCCAUCGGGAUGUGCAACAUCUUGGGCUCGUGUUUCGGGGCGUUCGCAGCGACGGGCAGUUUCUCGCGAUCGGCGGUCAACCACAACAGCGGUGUCCGCACGCCGUUCGGCGGCAUCGUUACCGGCGCUCUCGUACUGCUGGCCCUCUCGACGCUCGCCCCCUAUUUCCAGUACAUCCCGCAGACAAUAUUGGCCACAAUUAUCAUCACAGCCGUCAUAUUCAUGCUGAGACCGUUGGACCCGUUCCUCAUAUGGCAGACAAACAAAGUGGAUGUCCUGCCCUACGUGUCCACGUUCGUGGUGUGCCUGGUGUUUGGGCUCGAGUACGGCAUAGUGGCCGGUGUGGGCUCGUCCGUCGUGAUACUGCUGUACCAAAUGGCCAGACCCAAGGUGUUCAUAGUGCAUAAGCGCACACCCGAUGGCUACCCCUUUCUGUACGUAAAGCCCGACCGGAGUGUCUUCUUCCCGUCCAUUGAGUACAUGAAAGUGAAGAUCAAUAAAGAGCUUCCGGACAGUCAGGAGAUGUCGGCCAAGAUUGCCGUGGUUUUGGACGGGGAGCACAUGUUUAGAGCCGACUCCACGUUCGCGCAGGGCGUCAAGAAUAUGAUAUCGAGUCUAAGCGAUCGCCGGGUGUUGACUGUGUUUUACAAUCUGCGAAAAACGGUGUUCCGGGCCAUCCAUGGGGCCGGCAUUCCGUCCAAUGAGUUCCACAACUGUCGCACUGAGGAGGAGGUCUACCAUCUCAUCAAAACCCAUAAUAAGAUCCGAGUGUCGCGAUCGCAGUCCAACAUCGAGACACUCUUCAAUCAAAGUACCACUUCUUGUGGCCAUUGGAUCUCACAGUCGGCUCAGGCCUAUUGAUCAGCACCGGGAUGUCGGCACAGACUCCUCUCUCUCUCUC